CUGUGCAAUUGGCUCAAGUGGACCUGAUAACCUCCAAUGACGUGCGACUCAUUUGCAAGAUUUGACAUCUUUAUUCAUAAACAGCCCCCAUUCACAUCUCUCUGACGUUCACCGACCCUCUGACGAAACCUGCUCUUAUAAGAUUCACUGUAACUUUGGCUCAGUCUGAAAUGUGCUGUACGGCUUCUCUCCUGAGGCGACUAUUGGACACUUUUUGCACUGUUGGUGGCAGAUGUGCGUCCGAAGCUGAUUUACAAAGGUAUCUUUUCUUUACGUCUCAAUGAAUUUCGGUUCUUCAGAGACACAGCUACUUUAGCAGAGAGAAGAUGAACAUCCAUGUGGAGGGGUUGGUGGCGAUUGUCAUCUUCUACCUGCUGAUCCUUGUUGUGGGAAUUUGGGCAGCAUGGAAGAACAAGAAUUCCGGCGUGUUGGAAGGAAUUGAUCGCAGUGAGACCAUUAUGGUCGGCGGAAGGGAUAUUGGAUUAUUUGUUGGCGCAUUUACCAUGACCGCAACUUGGGUUGGAGGGGGUUAUAUCAAUGGCACAGCAGAGUACGUGUAUCUUCCCGGGUAUGGCUUGGCAUGGGCACAGGCUCCCUUUGGAUAUGCUCUCAGCCUUGUUUUAGGUGGCCUUUUCUUUGCCAAACCAAUGCGCUCCCGUGGUUACGUCACCAUGCUUGACCCCUUCCAGCAACUGUAUGGCAAAAGGAUGGGUGGACUGCUGUUCAUCCCUGCACUAAUGGGGGAAAUAUUCUGGUCAGCCGCCAUCUUAUCUGCCCUUGGGGCCACACUGAGUGUAAUCAUUGACAUCAACAUCAAUAUGUCUGUGGUCAUUUCGGCUCUCAUUGCCAUUUUCUACACACUUGUGGGAGGACUCUACUCAGUGGCCUACACUGAUGUUGUCCAGCUCUUCUGCAUCUUUUUAGGAUUGUGGCUGAGUGUCCCUUUUGCACUCUCAAACCCAGCGGUGUCUGACAUCGGAGUGACGGCAGUGAAGCAGCUCCAUGCUAAUCAGACUGCAUGGCUUGGGAACAUAGAAAGCGCUGACAAAUGGAUGUGGGCUGACAACUUCUGUCUUUUGAUGUUGGGGGGGAUUCCCUGGCAGGUGUAUUUUCAACGGGUUCUUUCUGCCUCUUCAGCUACCUAUGCUCAAGUCCUCUCCUUCCUGGCUGCUUUCGGUUGCAUCGUCAUGGCUGUUCCUUCUGUCCUGAUCGGAGCCAUAGGAGCUUCCACAGAUUGGAAUCAGACAACCUAUGGGCCAGUACCUCCCAUGCAGAGGGACCAGUCUGACAUGAUCUUGCCAAUCGUGUUACAGCAUCUGUGUCCAGCCUACAUCUCCUUUUUUGGUCUAGGGGCAGUUUCUGCUGCAGUGAUGUCAUCGGCUGACUCAUCCAUCCUAUCGGCCAGCUCCAUGUUUGCUAGGAACAUCUACCAGCUUGCUUUUCGCCAGACGGCUUCUGACCGUGAGAUUGUGUGGGUCAUGCGGAUCUCUAUUUUUGUGUUUGGGGCACUUGCGACAGCCAUGGCUCUUUUGACUGGGACCGUCUAUGGUUUAUGGUACCUGAGCUCUGACCUGGUCUAUGUCAUCAUCUUCCCCCAACUUAUCAGUGUUCUCUUUGUUCGUGGCACAAACACCUAUGGCUCGGUAGCUGGAUACUUCUUUGGAUUGAUCCUGCGCAUUGGUGGAGGGGAGCCUUAUCUCAAACUUCCUCCAUUCAUCUACUACCCUGGAUGGACUAUUGAGGAGAAGGUACAUCAUGUUACCCAUGAGGUGGAAUACCUAGUGAUGCAGAGGUUUCCCUUCAAGACGGUUUCGAUGUUGGCUUCGUUCUUAAGCAACGUGGCCUUCUCGUACCUGUUCAAGUACCUGUUUGAGAGUAGCACUUUGUCAGCUAAAUAUGAUUUCUUGGAUGCAGUGGUGGCCAAGCACAGUGCCGAGAUAAUGGACAAGACCACUUUGGUGAACAGGAACAUCAUUGGGCUCAAUGAAAUGACCACAGUCAAGCCAAGACUUAGUGUUACUUUAGCUGCUACCUUUACCAGGAAAGAAACCCUGACUGAAGAGGAGGACUCCAGCCCAGAGUCACCAGGUCAUGAAAACAAGUAGAGGCCAUUGCUUUAUGGUCAAUUCAGAGACCCUUUCUAAAGGUCCCCUUUCUUCUUUAGUGUGAAGGACAGUGCUUCACCCAAUAGGUAAAAAAAAAAAAAAAACAUCAGAUUUUAAAGACGUAAAACAGACAAAAACACUACCUUCUCAUUUCACGCCUCUUCAUUUGUAUGUUGGAAUUUCCAUCACUGCUUUCAGAAGGGAAUGGGACAGUUACAGUAAUUGAAACUCUACUGACAAUGGACUUGCUGGUGUUAAUUACCCGAAGAUCUUCGAUGUCCUGUUGGUAUGUACGAACCCUGAGUGACUUUCCUUUCCCUUCUAAAGAAAACAUUGAAAUACUGUGAUAAGAGCUGAAGUAAUAAUAUUUAUUUCUCUGAACCUGGAUACAGGGCAGUUCAGAUUUUAAAAAAUGUAACACAAUGAUUAUAAUAUAUCCAAUUAUAGCUAUUGAAUAAUUAAUAGGUGUAAGUUCAUGUAUAAUGCCAUUACUUGCGUCAAAUCACAUAUUAGAUAUUAGUGCAGACUGUCCUAUUGUCAGAAUAAGCUAAACUUUUCCAUAAAUACGUAAAUAUAUCAAUUGAUGUGCUUCCCAUCUACAAAAUACAGUACAUUUAAUAACUGUGACAUAAGUGCACAUGUGGCAAAUGUCUUGUUCAUAUUUAUAGUGCAAUAUUAAGAUGAACAGGAAAACAAGGAACAUGAAAAUAUAUAAUCUUGUAAUCGCCUUAACUAGCUACAUGGACUAGAUAGGGGUGACUGGACAUUAUGCAAACAUGGUUCGUCAUUUUGUUGUACUUGAAAAUGAAUGUAGCUGCAAAUGAUUUAUAUGAUGUAACCUCCGGGGUCUGUGUCGUGUUAUUAUUGCAAAGUCAUAAAUAUGUCAAAAGAAGUCAUUCUACCUGGCUCCAGGAUGAGCCAGCUGCUGUGUUGUUUUGUUGGCUUUAGCAAUACAGAAUUUUGUGUGAUGUGUAUUUAUAUUCUAAUGAAUAUAACUGUCCAAUAUUCCAAUGAAAUGUGAAAUGUCACUUUACCAUGCUAAUAUAUAUUUAUUUGGUUGGAACUAGCAACAUAAAUCUAUAUUUAUUAAUUAAUUGUGACUUAAAACAAAUUAAUCAUAGGAUUAUUCAAAGAUAAU